AUGCUCCGCCAAUCCGUCCGUCCCCUCACAACCGCCAACCGCGCUCUCACCCGCUCCUUCUCUGCUCUUGCUCCCAGAAUGGGUGAAGGCGACACUGGUGCUCCUCGUCCUGGCGGCAUUCAGAGCGGGUAUGUCUCUUUUCUCUGUAUCUCUCUUCCUUCGUCUUAA